GCAUCAAUUUAGAAUCUCAAGUAGCCAAUGUUGAUAUCUAGUUUUUGUUUAAUUUACUUUGAAAAUUGAUGCACAUCAUCUCUGGUGGAGCCACAAAUUCAUCUGUGAGGAUACAUGAAACGUCAACCGAUUUUCGAGGUUUGCCUGUCCAGCUUCCACUCUACAUUUAUUUUAGUUCGAAUUUAUAAGAGCGAAGAGAAUGUUAUCAAAUUUUUGGCUCCAAGGUCUUAUACUCACAAGUGUCGUAUACAAACCUGUUUGGACAGAAGCCACACAACUGAAGUUAGUUAUUGUGGUUGCCCGUCAUGGAGAUCGAACACCAGAACAAAAAGCUGAAGGUUACCCAAAUGAUCCCUAUAAAAAUCUACACUUUGACGGAAAAUUAACCACGAGGGGCAGAAAAAGAGAACUUGAAUUAGGUAAAUUUCUUCGUAAGACAUACGAUGCUUUUUUGGGACCUGAAUACAUCCCCGGAUCUGUAGACGCAAGAAGUACAGAUGUCAAUCGUACAAAGGAAUCUUUAGGCUUGAUUUUGAAGGGGAUGAUGCCAAAAGCGGAAGUACCUACAAAAUUUGAUGAUAAAUUAAAAGACACCCUGCUCUUGCCACAAGCUUGUCCUGGAUACGCAACAGAGUACUUGGAAGCAAAGAGAGACACAAAAAAAGAGUUGAAAAAGUUCAAAGGAUUUAUGAAAGAUUUAAGUAAAUGGACAGGAAAAAGCAUAAAAUCGUCACUUGAUAUGUAUCACAUUUACGUGACUUUGGAAUGUGAAAAGUUUAUGAAUCUUAAACUGCCAUCUUGGACUAAGGGUGUUUAUCCAGAUGGUGAUCUUUAUAAAGGAACUCUUUUGGAAUUUGAGAGAAUGAAUUAUAGCGAAAGUAUGAAGAGACGAAACGGAGGCAGGUUGCUCAAAAAAUGCAAAAACGAUAUGGACUCUGUAGAAAAUGGUCAAAUGGAUAAGAGCCGAAAGAUGAUUAUUUAUGGCGCCCAUGAUCUUAACAUUCUUGCAAUUCUAAAGUCCUUAGAUGUUUACUUUCCACAUGUACCCAAAUUUUCCAGUGCUGUAAUUAUAGAAUUACAUCGUAUGGAUAAACCUAAUGAAGAAUAUUAUGUAAAGGUAUGA